UUGUAGUUCUUGUKGGUAUUCGUUGUGUUGUUGUCGUAACUGUCACUCUGAAUUUCCUCUUAAAAUGGCUCACAUCAACCUGAUUCCAGGGGAACAAGGAGUCCGUUUAAGCACGCUGAGCCCGAAGUAUUUGCACACUAACUCAACUAGUCACACUUGGCCGUUCUCAGCAAUCGCCGAGCUGAUAGACAAUGCAUAUGAUCCCGAUGUAGAUGCAAGCCAGCUCUGGAUUGACAUCGAACGAUACGGCUUUGAGCAAUGUCUGACGUUCACAGAUAACGGAGCUGGUAUGGACUCGCUGAAACUUCACAAAAUGCUUAGUUUUGGAUUCUGCGAAAAGGUUGCUAAAAAUGAUCAUUUGCCGGUGGGACACUACGGCAACGGGUUCAAGUCUGGCUCAAUGCGUCUGGGUAAAGAUGCAAUCGUCUUCACAAAGCACAAAGAAUCUCGUAGCGUAGGGUUCUUAUCCCAAACUUACCUAGAAACAGUGAAAGCUCAGACUAUUUUAGUCCCGAUUGUUUCUUGGGAUGCGGAAGAUAAUAUGGUYGAGCGUUCUGAUGGAGACAGAGCCUUGCAAGAUAUCUUGAAAUACAGCUUGUUCAGAUCCAACGUAGAUAUCAUGGGUCAGUUUAAUAAGAUYAAAAGCCUSACKGGAACCAGAAUAGUAAUCAACAAUAUGCGCAGGACACRGGAAGGAAAAUACGAGUUUGACUUCAAAACAUAUUACAAUGAUAUAAGGAUUCCAGACGACGUGGAACUUGACAGUUAUAAGUAUAAGCGUCAAGAGAGACAGUAUCAUAUACCAGAGUCUGACUACUCUCUUCGGGCRUACUGUUCUAUUUUGUACCUCAAACCAAGAAUGCAAAUCAUGUUGAGAGGUUCCAAAGUCAAGACUACAGUUAUUGCUAAAAGCCUUAGCAAAACAGAAGUAGAUACUUACAAACCACAGGGAGUUGCGAGACCAAUUAAAGUGACAUUUGGGUUCAGUCAGAACAAGAAUCAUUAUGGCAUAAUGAUGUAUCAUCGCAAUAGACUGAUCAAGCCUUAUGUUCGUGUGGGUUACCAGUUGAAGGCAAAUAAUCUUGGUGUUGGGGUUAUUGGUGUGAUUCAGUGUGAUUAUCUUCAACCUACUCAYAAUAAACAAGACUUUGACUAUACCAAAGCAUACAGAUCAAGCAUGAGUGCUUUAGGAUCAAAACUAAAUGACUACUGGAAUGAGAAGAAAGGACGACUACAUGCUAACAGUACGGCUGCAAUCCCAGAACCUAAAGAAGUUGAGUAA